AAACUACAAAGGGAGGGCGGGAGCAGCUCCUCCUUCCGCUCCGGGGCGCUUCCGGUUCCGGUUCGGAGGGCAAUGGUGACGGCGACGGAGUAAUGGCGGCGGCCGCUGAUCGGUGGCCGGAGCCGGAGCCGAAUCCGCCGGCAUCGGCUGCUGCGGGCGACGCCGAACAGCUGUUGCUGAACAAGGAAAGCCUGAACGGGAACCGUCCUUUCAUCUCGCACGCCCGGACUCCAAGCCUCAGGACGGCCGGCUCUCCCGCCCCUCGGGGAGCGAGUGCGCUUGAGGACUCCGAGGCCCGGCUGGGCAGCGCAGGGACCGGUGAGGACUCGCCCGCCGAUGCCAGUGACGCGCACGGCACUGAGGCGACGGUGACCGGCAGUCCCGGCCCGCCCAACGGUGAUGCCGCGGCGGACGACAGGCUGGGCAGCGGGGAAUUCAGCGAGCCGGCGGCCGGAGAUGCCCGUCUCUGUGACUCUCAGGAGCCGGGGGAGAACGGUCUUGGCCCUCGAGUUGGGGCCAGUGCCACAGAGCCAGCGGGGGGGAGCUUGGACCCGAGCGACGGUGCCCUGGGGGGCCGCAGUCCUGCUCCGUGCAACGGCAGUGGGGCUGAUGAAGAGUCGACUGCUGUCCAUCACGGACACCCUGGCCUCGUUACUGAUCUGAUUGCCGCGCAGGACCGGGCUGAAGCGUACCGGCAGGGCGCGGUGAUGGAAGUGGACACGGACGUGCCCGGCGUUGGAGAGUCCACCGCUCUGUGGGGCACCGUGGCGGACUUGUCCGCCGGCACUUGCGACCCUCCGCUGCCCGACGGGCAGGUCGCGGGCGCCCACUUUGCCGAUGGGCUGGAGCCGGCGGCGGAUCCCGACGGGCUGGCACACUACCAGCCGGCUGGCGGCGACUAUGAGGCGGCGGAGUCCGGGGACGGCGUCCAGCCGUACCCAGCCGACUUCGAGAAGUACUGGAAGAUCGUGGAGGACAACCCGUACGACUUCACGGGCUGGACAUACGUGCUCCAGUACGUGGAGCAGGAGAAUCACAUUUGGGCCGUCCGGAGGACAUUCGACUCAUUCUUCACCCGCUACCCCUACUGUUACGGCUACUGGAAGAAGUAUGCUGAUAUUGAGAAGAGACUGGGGUUCACCAAAGAGGCAGAGGAGGUUUAUCAGCGAGGGUUGCAGUCCAUCCCGCUCAGCGUGGAUCUGUGGGUCCACUACAUCACUUUCCUGCAGGAAAUCCUCGAGCCCACCAGCCCCGAUACCUCAGUGAAGCUCCGCAGUGUGUUUGAAAUGGCGCUGGCCGCAGCCGGCACGGAUUUCCGCUCCGACCGCCUCUGGGACCUGUACGUGACCUGGGAGAAGGAGCAGGGGAACCUGAAGGCCGUGACCGCCAUCUACGACCGGCUGCUGUCCAUACCCACCCAGCUGUACAGCCACCACUUUGAGAAGUUCAAGGAGCAUGUGCAGAGCUAUUCUCCCAAGGACAUCCUGUCCACCGACGAGUUCCUCAGGCUGAGGUCGGAGGUUGUGUCCAGCCUCGCCGCAGCCGAAGGGGAUUCGGACGAGGGUCCACCCGGCGACGACCCUCCGCCUGGAGUUGGCACCACAGACCAAGAGAAGGCUGACACUGAGAUGGGGAGAAUCAGAGCCCACCUGGAGGCCACUCGGCAGGAGAUGCACCUCCUGAACGAGGAGGAGGUCAGCAAGAGGUGGCACUUCGAGGAGGCGAUCAAACGCCCUUACUUCCAUGUGAAGCCCCUGGAGAGGGUGCAGCUGAAGAACUGGAGGGACUACCUGGACUUCGAGAUCGCCAGCGGCACCAACGAGCGAGUACUGGUACUAUUCGAGCGCUGCGUGAUCGCCUGUGCUCUGUACGAGGACUUCUGGAUCAAGUACGCCAAGUACCUGGAGAACCACAGCGUGGAGGCCGUCCGCAACGUCUUCCAGAGGGCCUGCAUGGUCCACCUGCCCAAGAAGCCCACCCUCCACCUGCUGUGGGCUGCCUUCGAGGAGCAGCAAGGUGAGUUCAAGGAGGCGCAGCGGAUCCUGCGGUCCUUCCAGGCGGUGAUGCCGGGCCUGGCCAUGGUCCUGCUCCGGCGGGUGAGCCUGGAGCGGCGCUGCGGCAACACGGACGAGGCGGAGGCCCUGCUGCGCGAGGCCAUCGAGCAGCACCAGGACACGCCGCUGGCCUCCUUCUUCGCCAUCAAGCUCUCGCGGCAGCUGCUGAAGGUGCAGCGGAACCUGGCCAAGGCGAGGAAGGUGCUCCUGGAGGCCAUUGACAGGGACAAGGACAACGUGAAGCUCUACCUCAACCUACUGGAACUGGAAUUCAGCUGUGACGUCCGUGCCAACGAGAGCAACAUCCUGGGCUGCUUCGACCAGGUGUUGGCCGGCUCCCUCCCACUGGAAAUCAAGAUCGUCUUCUCCCAGCGGAGGGUGGAGUUCCUCGAGGACUUUGGCUCCAGCGUGCGCAGCCUGCUCCAAGCCUACGACGAACACCAGAAGCUCCUCAAGCAGAACGCUAGCAAGAAGCGGGCAGCGGAGAACGGCACGGAGGAGCCGGACGAGAAGCGGACACGGGCGGAGGACGGCACGCCCACGGUGGCCGCCACCAGUGCUGCCGCCCUGACCAGCGGAGACGCCGUCGGCAGCCAGGCAGCGUACAGCUACAGCGCGUGGUACCAGCCCUACGCAUCUUACGGCUACCAGACCCCGUGGAACUACAAUCAGUACUACCCACACAGCUGAAGGAAUGCAAAUUGUACAGACGGAAACCAAGGGGCUCGUUUCCCUCACCCCUCCCCUCCCCUCCCAACCCCUUCACCGUUUCCGAACUCGUCCAUCGGAACACCAUCGCCCUGCUCCUGACGAGCGCCGAGACGCGGCCAGAUCGGACUGCCGCCUGCCGGGUGUUUGGGCUGCCUCCGGUGGAAUGAAAUCCCGGGGGGGGGGGGUGUGAAGAAAUGUGAAAUUCUGGAAGAGCCUGGGACCUGUUGCCCUCCCUGUACCUGGAGCGCCUUCUCCCUCCACGUUCUAGCAAAUAGAAACACCCCACCCCCUGUGGAUUCCCAACAUGGCAGUGCUCCGCAGUUUUUUUGGGACCGUUGUGGUUUGAGGGGCUGGCAAGGUUCAGCCUGCGAGAGCUUCAGGGACCCUGGGCCACUGGAACUGAAUUUGCCCCCGUCCUCCGCUCAAGCCCGCUCCCGGAUCGUUUCCAGCCCUGACCGGGACGGCGCCCGAGACUCCCAGUUACUCUUUGCGUGAGGGGGUUGCAUCGGGCCGACGCAUCAGCACAGGAAUUUCCUACACCGGUGAAGCACAAUUUGUCCCUUUUGUCCCUCCCGGGGAAGAGACGUGGUCCCCACCGUCACCAGCACCAUAGGCAGACGAUGUCUGUGUUCCGCACUGGCCCCUGCCCUCACAGGAGCCUCGGGGUCCUCAUCUCGCCUGCACAGGAGCCCGGAACCCCUUUGCCUCGUCACCGUGCACCCAGCACUCAUCCCGCUCCAACACAGGGAGACGGCAUAGCUCUCAGUCCACGGUUAGCGCACGGGUCUAUCGAGGCAUCCGUGCCAUGCAUACUGGCAGCAGAUACCAAACUACUCAACUCCACCCUGUUACUUUCUGUACAGACUCUUGCUGGGGAAGAACUGUUUUUCUUUCGCGUUGACGUUUAUUUUUUAAACGAAUGUAAUGUUCCAUAUUUGGUUUUUGAACAGACUGUAAAUAAAAAAAAAAUUAGACUAUAAA